GCGAACAGCGGCUCAAAGACAACAGGAAGUAAACUUUAAGAGGUUGCAAACCAUAUACAUGUAAAUGUCUGUGCUGCGAACUGUGUAAAAAUCCAUUAGCUUGAUAAUGAACACGGCGCUGAAGCGUUGGAGGGAGGCGGCUACAGUCAUUUUAGCCGCAGGACACAAGCUCGGCGCGGAAGGGUUAUCAUGUCGGACUCCGGGGGUCGGCGGUGACGGAGGGUCACUCCUGCACCACAGGUCCGACUUUGAUUACGACGUUUUGUUGCUCAAACGCAGCUCCAAGAGCGGAUUUAUGCCUAAUGCCUAUGUGUUUCCUGGCGGCAUGGUCGACUCUUCGGACUUUUCAAGCGACUGGUUGGACGUUUUCAAAUCCUUCACUAGCUCCCCCAGUUUUGGGUUAAGAACAGUAAAGCAGCCCGUGGAGCGCAGACCCCCAAUCUUCGCGACUGACCGCCGAAAACUGGGCUCCCCUGUUCCGGGAGAGGUCGCCCUGAGGAUCUGCGCCGUGAGGGAGACGUUUGAGGAAUCCGGUGUGCUGCUGGUUGUGUCUAAAAAAGAUGAGGAGCGUUUGUUACAAAGAGCUGAGGACAGAUGUGAAGCUCAGCAACACGUGCGGCCUGAUGUGGGCAGCAGGGAGCUCACACAGUGGAGAGCCCUGGUGAACCAGAACCCAUCCAACUUCAUCAGGAUGUGCAGGGAGUUGGAGAAGUAG